CUUGGAGCGUGUUGUACCUCCAUGCUGCCUUCCUCUCUCUGGUCCUGCUUAUCACAAUGGCCAGGCUCGUAUGAGGGAGCUGCCUCUCUGUACAGUACGGUACAGACGCUCCUCACAUUAGUAGAAGCAGAAGCAGAAGCAGCAGUACCAGCAGCGCGGCGGCGACAGACCCACACCGAGACGCAGUGAGCGAAUAUGAUCUGAGGAAAAGGUCAAUGUGGCUAUCAAAGCAGCUCUCUGGGAUAGUAGUCAGUCAUCGUAGAUUCCUGAGGCUCGUCUCUAUAGCAACCCAUUCCUCCUCUUGAGCAUCGCUGCCAACUUACCCUCUCUGCCGCACAACGAGUCUCUCCUCAUCCCCCCCUGGCCAAUCAUUGCUUCUGAACUGCGUUGGAAUGGACACUGAGUCCACUCACUCGGGCUACUCCUAUCACUCCAGCCGCUCCGGGAGAUCAAACCGACAUGGGGAUCGAAGCCGUGAGCGGCACAAGGCCAGCAGCAGUAAAGACAGCAGUCGUUCUGAGAGGUCUGUCGUUAUCAACCCUCCUGACACACCGUCCCAGGAGUCCCCUGUUCACAAUGGAGAGCCGCUGCCUGGAGAACCCACACCAGCAGCAGAUGAUGGAGAUGAAGCCCAGGAUGAUAACUGGGGAGAAACCACCACCGCAGUGACAGGCACCUCAGAGCUGAGUGUUUCCCAGGAGGAAGUGGUUGGACUCGGGAAAGAGAUACAGGACCGGACCCAAGGCUUCCGUCGCUAUCUCCCCCUAGCCGUGGGCUUGUGUGUGGGGCUGCUGGUGAUGGCCACACCCUUGGUCUUCCUGCUUCUUCCAGCUGUAAUGUGGCCCGACAGACUGCAAGCUUGUGGUGCAGCCUGUGAGGGCCUCUUCCUCUCCAUCUCCUUCAAGCUCCUCAUCCUCCUGGUAGCUGUUUGGGCCUUGUUUCUCCGACCGGGCCACGCCAGCCUGCCCAGAGUGUGUGUGUACCGUGCCUUCCUCACCACACUCACACUCCUGCUCACAAUGUCUUAUUGGCUAUUCUAUGGGGUCCGGAUCCUCGAUGCACAGGAUGAGGACUACCAUGGUAUUGUCCAGUUUGCCGUGUCCCUCGUGGACUCCCAGCUGUUUGUCCACUACCUGGCCGUGGUGCUGCUGGAGCUCCGCCAGCUCCGGCCCUGCUACAGCGUCUGUGUUAUCCGCUCAACAGAUGGAGAGACACGUCACUACAACAUAGGACAGCUCAGCAUUCAGAGGGCUGCUCUGUCCAUUUUGGAGUACUACUACAGAGAUUUUCCACUCCAUAACCCAGCACUACUCUCUGCCUCCAAGCACCGGGCUGCCAAACACCUGGCUGGGUUAAAGGUCUACAAUGUAGACGCCCCAGGGAACACGGCAGGGGCUCAGCCUGGUAAUGGGAAUCAGUCACGGGCGAUGGUUUCAGCUGCUGCCAAACGCAAAGACAGCGCCCACAAUGAGCUGUACUACGAAGAGGCAGACUACGAGAGAAGAGUCCGCAAACGCAGAGCCAGGCUGGUGGUGGCUGUAGAGGAGGCCUUCACUCACGUCCGGCGGAUGAAGAAAGAGGAUGAGCGUGCGAGCCCCUCUGACAUCAUGGAUGUGCGCGAAGCAGCUCUGGCCAUAUUUCCCUCUAUGGCACGUGCCCUGCAGAAGUACCUCCGCACCACCAGGAGGCAGCACUGCCACAGCAUGGAGAGCAUCCAGAAGCACCUGGCUUUCUGCCUCGUCAACAAUAUGAGUCCUAAGGCCUUCCUCGAGGCCUACCUGGCCCCUGGUCCAACCCUGCAGUACGGCCCAGAGCGCUGGAUGGCUGAUCAGUGGACUUUGGUCAGCGAGGCUUCUGUCACCAGCGGCAUAAAGGAGGGGACAGAGUUCCUGCUGAGGUGUCUUGACUUUAGCCUAGCUGUCACCAUCAAGGGCAUCCCUUACAUCCGACUGACUGAGGAGUACAUUGACCCCAAGUCUCAUAAGUUUAUACUGCUGCUUCAAUCAGAAACCUCAGUUUAACAGACCCAGCGGACCAGUGCUGCUGAUCGGGACUUGCAGGGCUGUCACAAUUAUAUGACUGAUUUUUUUCAAAAAUAGCUUUUUGUACUGUUUUUUGUACUUAAGUUUGUGUUAUUUUCUCACAUAGAGUUAUCUUUGUGUCCUUGUUGUUGUCCCGGGAGACAUGGAAGACGAUAAAAGACAGAAAACAGGAAGGAAUAUGCUUGGAUUUCUUGUGUUUGCAGAACACAGUUCAGGUAUUCCUCUAUGCACUUCAGAUGACCCUCACAGAUGUUCUUCUUCCUUUAUUUGCAUGUGCCAGUGUGUGCCUGCGUGGAAGAGUUCAUGAUUCAGGAGGAGUGUGUAUGAUUUAGGAUGCAAGAGCGUGUGAGUUUGUGUGUGUGUGUUGAGUAUAUAAUAUACACCCGCGGGUCUGUCUCAACCUGUCUCCUCUUUCUCCUUAGCAUUAAUGUAGUGACCAGGAUAUUUGAUAUAAACUGAACCCUUUUCACCAAAACUGCUCUUUUUCACUCUUAGCAAUUAUUAUUUAUCUGUCCUGUAUUACAGAUAUAUGUACAGUAUUUAUAUGUGAAUAUACUCCACACUUUUAUAUCAAAACUGUGCUUGGUUUAAAUGAUUUUUUUACCUUGUCAUAGAUUUUUUUUUUACCUUGUCUGUCCACGCUGUAUUUGUGGGAAAAAAAAACUGUAAAUAGCUGAAGGCAUGUUUGUAAAUGUCAGACAAAUCACUGGAGUCUCUCAGACUAAAUGCCAAACACAGUGCAGCUGAACACAGACGAAUCUAGCCAUUGUGAACAAACACAUCUGACUAGUCAUCAUGUUUGCGUUUGUACAGUUAAGUGUGUCUGGUGUACACUGAAUUUUUUGUAGGGCAGAAGAGGGAAUUCAUGUUUGGAUGGCAAUGAGGUUCAUGUGAUUGACACAUUAAUUUCUUGUCCUGUCAGCCAAGAGAACCUCAGCCAUGAGGUUCUCAGCUGCAUAAGACAAUGUAUUAAAUAUAGUUAAAUCCAGAUUUCAGGAGCUGUUGGAAAAGACUUAGACUUUCUCUCAAAAAUAAAAUAAAAUCAAAAAUUAAUGAAUACAUAACUCAUGCUGACUAGUGUUUAAACAAGUGUAAGAAAUGAAUAAUUUAGUAUAAAUUAGCUCAACCCAGUGUCAGUAUUUCUGCUGUCAGUAUUCUGUCUGUGGACAAACAAGUGUCACUCUACUGCCACCUAUCUGCCACUACUAGAACAGGAACUGUUCUGUUUAUCAGUCAAACUGUUAAUUUCUAUGAAUAUUUGAUCUGUAUUUUUAGAUCUUCUGUACUUGGGAGGCAUGUUCUGUUGUAAAUUAAUAUUUACACAAGUGUUGCUGUGGUGACUGACGGUGUAGUUUUGUUUAGGACUGUUUAGGAGUGUUGAUGGUUGUAAAUAUUUAUUGACUGCACAUGUGCCUCAGUUAUACAUAUUUAGGAUCUGCUCAGCCUACAAGUGAAAUUUUCAAGUGUGCUUCUGUGUGUGUGUGUGUGUCUGUGUGUGCGGGUGUGAGAGAGCAAGUGAAAGGGGGGAAAAGAGAAAGAAAGGGAACAUAAAUGAAGAAAAAAUAUUGCUUUUCCCAAAUGUCAUGCAGCUGACAAGUCAUAAGUCUUAGGUUGCCCCUUGUCUUCUUUUAUACAACAGAAAAUGUAAAAUCAUAGCAGUGUCAAAGUCACAUUUGUAAAAAAUAAAUAUUUGUAUUGACCUUUGCAAGGUA